UUUUCAGUCUGCUAGUUUUAAUCGUAACGAUUCAUAUUUUUCGUUGUGUAAUCAUAAUUGGGUGACGAGUCUGUUGGAGUACAUCCAGAAUUCUGAUAAGUUUGCAUUAGAAAAUGUUUUCGAUUUCACAGCUGCGCAAUUUCCAAGGAAGGAAUGUUUUCAUCCUAGCCCACCGUUUUCAAAGUACCUUGGUUUUAGCUGAACACAACAAUGGCAAACUUAACCCUGUCACAUUGAGUGCCAUCACAGCAGCUCAGAAAGUUGGUGGAACUGUGUCCUGUCUUGUUGCAGGAGCCAAGUGUGGAUCGGUAGUAGAACAAUUGUCCAAAGCAACCGGGAUAUCAAAGAUCCUUGUUGCUGAAAAUGCCAAUCUUCAUGGAUUGAUGCCUGAACCCUUGGCCCCCUUGGUUGUUGCUACCCAAAAGCAAUUUGGUUUUACUCAUAUUUUAGCUGGUGCUUCUGCUUUUGGAAAAACUGUGCUUCCCAGAGUGGCUGCACUGUUAGAUGUUUCCCCCAUUUCAGAUGUAACUGCAAUCACAAAUGCUGAUACUUUUGUCAGAACAAUUUAUGCUGGAAAUGCUGUUUUGACCUUGAAAUCCAAUGAUGGCGUUAAAGUCGUUACCAUUAGGCCCACAAGUUUUCCUGCUGCUCUCAUAGGGGAUGCCGUUGCUCCUUCAGAAGCGUCUACUCAAACCGUCAAUCUCUCACCUAAUUCUGAAUUUAUUGGACAAGAGUUGACUAAGUCUGAUCGUCCAGAGCUUUCGGGUGCCAAGAUCGUCGUUAGUGGUGGUCGAGGAUUGAAAUCAGGUGAAAACUUCGAACUGCUUUACAAGCUUGCCGACAAGAUGGGUGCUGCUGUAGGCGCUUCGCGUGCCGCUGUUGAUGCCGGUUUUGUAUCCAACGACCUUCAGGUUGGUCAAACAGGAAAAAUCCUUGCACCGGAAUUAUACAUCGCUGUUGGAAUCUCUGGUGCGAUUCAACAUUUGGCUGGCAUGAAAGAUUCAAAAACCAUCGUUGCCAUCAACAAAGAUGCAGAAGCUCCCAUUUUCCAAGUUGCUGAUAUCGGCCUGGUAGCUGAUUUAUUCGCUGCUGUGCCCGAACUCACCGAGAAAAUAGGAAAAAAGUAAAAAAAAAAUUGAAGCGACGUUGUUGCUGAUUUAUAAAAAGAAACAAUGCAAAUGUGUACGGAAUAUGGGAUAAAAACAAACAAAAAAAUAUACAGAUAGUAUCCUUCUA